GACAUGACUUACACACAAUAUAAAAGUCGUGAGAAAUACUUUAAGAGGUUGUAUUGCAAGUACAGUACUCUCAUGCAGCACAAUUCUGGCUUUGGAUGGGAUCAUAAUUCAAAGUUUUUCACUGCAUCUGAAGAAGUGUGGGACAACUAUUUUAAGUCCCACCCAAAAGACUCAAGCUUAAGAACAGACCCGCAUCCUGAUUAUGAAGAUCUGAGAAUUGCCGUGGGUAAUGGCACUGCUAGAGGUGCACAUUCCAUUGCAGUAGGUGACAAUACAAUAGAAGACUUGACUGGAACUCGUAAUACAUUAGAUGGAUUAGCAUAUGAUCCCCUCAAUGAUGCAUUUGUCCGUUCAAGUGCACAACAUUCUUCUCCACCCUCUCCUGAGAUUCAAUCUGCACCGCAAUCGGCUCAACAGCCCGGCCCAGAGGUUUGCCCAUCAAAAAACAAGCGGAGCAGGACUGAUUUUCAGAAAAAACCAAUGUCUAUUGAUGCGAAAGGCACCCAAGAGUUCAUGGAAAAGCUCACAGAAAAUGUGGACAAAUUUGCCCGUGUUAUAGAAUCAAUCGACACAAAAGAGUAUAAUUGUUGGGAUAUGAUAAAGGAGAUCCCGAGUUUGUGUGCUGAUGAUCGCUUCAGAGCUCUUGAUUUGCUUAAUACGAAAGCAAAAAAAGCUGAAUUCGUUAACAUGACUGCAGAAGAUCGUGCAGAAUGGAUAUCCUAUAAAUUGAAAUGAUAUGUAUCCACUAUUAGGAUUUUUGCCCAGAACCUUGUUCCCAUUUUGAGUACCUGGGAUUAUUUGUAUGUUUAUAUCUUGAAUAUUACUAUUUCUCAAUGUUUUUGGGAUAAUGUUAGUAACUAGUAUAGCUUUUUAGAUAUUUAUGUUUUUAUGACAUUCAGACUCACUUUUGCAUUAUUUUGAAACCGUGAAUGCAAGUGAUAACAUAAUUUUC